GGUCCCUGCGGGGCGACACAUUUAGCUCUUGGCCCCAGGAACUUCCUGCUUCCACUCGUCCGGCCUCCCCCCGGGAAGCUGGGCACCUCGGGCCGGGCAGCCUGGCUCACAGCCCCCAGCUGAAGCGGUGGCCCUGGGCGGGAACCUCUGUCCGGCCGCGGUGCUGAAGGUGGCGCCCCCGAGGGGACCCGGGAGUGACCUGCGCGGGGCUGCCACGCAAACGCCGUGACCCAAGUCCAGAGACAGGUGCACCGCCGCCCAGGCCUGGGAGGAUGCAGCUGCUCGGGAGGCUGCGCGCCCCCGCGCCCGCGCCCGCGCCCGCCUGCGCCAACGUGCUGACCCCCGGCCGCAUCCCCGAGUUCUGCAUCCCGCCCCGUCUGGGGGCGCCGAUUGCGCCCGAGUCUCCGCCGCCCGCCGCCGCCGCCGCCGCCGCCGCCCUGCCCCGCCGCUGUGCCGCCGAGCCGGACCUGUGGCCGCGGGGGGCCGACCCCAGCCCCGACCCCGACCCCGACCCCGACCCCGACGCGGGGCGCACGGACUGGGACCCGCGCUCGCAGGCCGCGCUCUCGCUGCCGCACCUGCCCCGGGCGCGCACGGCCUACGGCUUCUGCGCGCUGCUCGAGAGCCCGCACACGCGCCGCAAGGAGUCGCUGCUGCUCGGCGGGCCCCGCAUCCCCGCGCUCCCGCGCCCGCCCGCCGCCCCGCCGCGCGCGCUGCGCCCCGGCCCCGACCCCGGCCCCGGGGACGCGCCCCGCCGGCCCCCGCGCGCCCCCGCCGCCGCCCGCCGCCUCCUGCGCGCCCCCGAGGGGCUGCUGAGCCGCGCGCGCCGCGCACACCGGAGCCUCGGCCUGGCCCGCGGCCGCUCCGCAUCCGGCGGGGACGAGCGCGCCGACGGGAGCGAGCGCGCCGGCGGCUUCGGGGACGAGCCUCCCGCGGGCCCCCUGCGCGCGGCCGCCGCCUCCAGCCCGGCCCGAGGGCGCCCCCGCGUCCGUCUGCUCGGCACCGCCGCCCCGGCAGCCCAGCCCCGCGCCCCCCCGGCCUCCCGCGCCGGCUCCGGGCUGCGGCCCCCCGGCCCCGCUCGCCCGCGCCGCCCCGUCGGGGUCCCGCCCCGCCUGCCGCCGGCUGCACAAUAAAACUUAUUUAUUCGCUUUUUUUUUCCUACUAGCCAGCUUGCCUUAGCGGUGUCCUUUGUUGUUGUUACUGUUAUUCUGUUUUGGUUUUUUUUUUUUUUUUGGGGGGGGUUGUGGUCAUUUAGGUUGGGGAGAGGGAGCAGCUAAUGGAAGAAUCACAAGACAGUCAAGUUUCAGGGGGAAGCUGAGCAUUUUAUUGGGAGAGAGGACAGGAAAGGAGAAGAAAGUACAGGCCAGGUAGGCAGAGAGAGACCCUCAGGGGAUGAGCUUCAGCC